UGUGAAACGUCGUUCUUGCAGUGUCAGUUGUUUUGUCAGAGAUAUAUUGCAGAUAUUGAAUUCGUUUAUAGUUCGGUCUAAUUAAUGCACCAAACGCAUUUGUUUUGUUUCACUCAUUUGUUUAUAAAGCCAUGAAAGCAUAUCAUAUUUAAAAGAGGUAUUACAUAUAUUGUAAAGAAUGUAAACUGAUUCAAACCAAUCAGUUGGUGAAGCAAAGACCUUUGCACUACAUCUGAGGGUCACUUUUCACUUAGAAUAUUUACAUCAAUUCUGAUGAAAUAAAAGAACCAUAGACCUAUACAACGUGUUUGUGUUUUAUUUGAAUACAAGGUUUUAAAUGAGGAUUAGAGUACUGCUUGGGAGAAGUCGAAAUCUUUAUCAGAUACACAUAUCUCCCCUCUGCAGUUCGAGAUUUACAAAAACCAGGCUGGACCAAACAUUACGCUCAUAUCACAGGCUGGUACACGAAAAGGCUUAUGUGAACGGACAAUGGGUUGAUGCGAGCAGUGGAAAGACAUUUGAUGUCUACAAUCCAUCUACUCAAGAAAAGAUAGGAUGUAUCCCAGACAUGAAUUCAGGGGAUACCGAGAGGGCUAUACAAUGUGCUGCUGAAGCAUUAGAAUCAUGGAAAGAAACAACUGCUAAGGAAAGAAGUACUAUCUUGAGACGAUGGGUUGACUUAUGUAACGAAAACAAAGAAGAUCUAGCUAAGAUUUUAACAUUGGAAAUGGGUAAGCCACUCCAGGAAUCGAUCGGAGAACUAAAUUAUGGAAUAGGAUUUCUAGAAUGGUUUGCUGAAGAAGCCAGACGUGUUUAUGGAGAUAUUGUACCCUCUCCCGCCAAAUCAAAGAAACUUUUGGUACUGAAACAGCCGAUAGGGGUAACUGGAAUGAUAACACCGUGGAAUUUUCCUCAUGCCAUGAUAACCAGAAAAGCUGGACCCGCCAUUGCUGCAGGUUGUACUGUAGUAUUAAAGCCGGCAGAAGAUACACCAUACUCUGCAUUAGCUCUAUGUGAGUUGGCAGAGAAAGCAGGAUUACCGUCUGGUGUGUUGAAUGUUGUUACAUGUAGCAGAGAGAAUUCAGCUGAUGUUGGCAAAACACUGUGUAAAAGUCCCACAGUCAAGCAGAUAUCGUUUACUGGAUCAACUGCCGUAGGAAAGAUUUUACUUGAACAAUCAGCUUCUACUGUAAAGAGGGUUUCAUUAGAAAACGGCGGUAAUGCACCGUUUAUAGUUUUUGAAACUGCAGAUAUUGACAAAGCUGUGACUGGAGUUAUGGGGAGUAAGUUCAGGAAUACCGGCCAGGCAUGCAUAUGUGCAAAUAGAAUUAUGGUACAAGAUUCCAUUUACGAGACAUUCCUAGAAGCUUUAUCAAAAAGGAUGGAACAAGAAUUACAUAUCGGGGAUGGUUUCAAUCCAAAGUCUACACAAGGACCUCUAAUCAACAAUCGAGCAGUUGAAAAGAUUGAGGCUUUGGUUCAAGAUGCAAAAUCAAAUGGCGCCAAGAUAUUAUUGGGCGGACAAAGGAAAGAGGGUAACUUCUAUGAACCUACACUUAUCCGUGAUGUUACAACUGAUAUGAAAUGUUAUAAAGAGGAACAGUUCGGCCCACUGGCUGCUGUUAUAAGAUUUAAAACAGAAGAAGAGGCAAUACACUUGGCAAACAACACAUCGUCAGGACUAGCGGGUUACGUGUUUACAGAAAAUAUAAGCCAAAUGUGGCGGAUAGCUGAGAAACUUGAAUUUGGUAUUGUUGGUGUGAAUGAAGGAUUACCCGCAAUGCCAGAAGCUAUCUUCGGUGGUUGGAAGGAAUCAGGGUUGGGACGCGAAGGAGGAAAAUAUGGCAUGGAAGACUACUUAGAAAUUAAAUAUGUGUGCAUGGGGGGACUAGAAUAAUACUAUGCUGGGAUAUUAGUGAUGGAGUGUAUGUAAGAGAGUCAUGCAUCAAAAAAGAAAACUGUAUAACCAGAUUGGUAACAUUAAACAGAAAAGAAACAAGUUUUAUCUAAUUACAAACGGUAACAUGUGUAGUCUACAGGGUGCCAUGUAAACAUCGAAUUGAUAAAUUAUGUGAAACUAUUGUUAUUAAAAUACUGAAUAGAAUUGUCUUAAAUCUUUGUCUGUUUAUUCAAUA